GAGGGAGGCGGACAGAGCGCGGCCAGGCCCCGGCGCCACCCGACCCGCCCUGCCCGCCCGCCCCCGCUCCCCGCAGGCCCCUUCCCCUUGGGAACCGUUGGCGGGGCUGUGCAAGCAGCGUCGCCCAUAAGCUGAAAAGCUGGCCAGCACAAUGGGAAAAAAACAGAACAAGAAGAAAGUGGAAGAGGUCUUAGAGGAAGAGGAGGAGGAAUAUGUGGUGGAGAAGGUCCUGGAUCGGCGAGUGGUAAAGGGCAAAGUGGAAUACCUGCUGAAGUGGAAAGGCUUCUCGGAUGAAGAUAACACAUGGGAGCCAGAGGAGAACCUCGACUGCCCGGACCUCAUUGCAGAGUUCCUUCAAUCCCAAAAAACUGCACAUGAGAGUGAGAAGUCUGAGGGAAGCAAGCGCAAAGCGGAGUCUGACACAGAGGAUAAAGGGGAGGAGAGCAAACCAAAGAAGAAGAAGGAGGAGUCGGAGAAACCGCGAGGUUUUGCCCGAGGAUUUGAGCCAGAGCGUAUCAUUGGUGCCACAGAUUCCAGCGGGGAGCUCAUGUUCCUGAUGAAGUGGAAGAACUCCGACGAGGCUGACCUGGUCCCUGCCAAGGAAGCCAACAUCAAGUGCCCCCAGGUGGUCAUCUCGUUCUAUGAGGAGAGGUUGACAUGGCAUUCCUACCCCUCAGAGGACGAUGACAAGAAAGAGGACAAGAACUAACCCCUGGCACCCGCUCUGGCCAGCCUUUGUAUAAAGAUCUGAACUGUGGGUUUGAGCAGGAGGGAGAGAACGCAGCUCUGCUCGGUUGGGAGCGUAGAGAUGGCUGGAGAAGAUGCCCUUUGAAGAGACCAGUAUGGUUUCUGUGCCCUGCAGCUGCUCAACUGCUUUCUGCAGCUUCAUGCUGUGUACAGAUUCAAACCAGCCCGGCUCAAUUUGGGGGGGGGGGGGGGGGGGGAGGGAAGGACAAGGGGAUACUAGGGAGGGUUAGGGGGGAAACUGGGGUGUUUGUUUCAAGGCUGCUUAUUCUGCAGCUUGUGGGAGAGGAAGCAAAGCCCCUUCCAUGAAGGACUAUCACUGGUGAUGGGUGGGCUGGGGAAAAGGAGUGCAGAGGGAUACUGCUUAUUCUUCAAAGACCAUCUCAGCAACCCACAGCCUUCUUCCCAAUAGUGUUAACUCUGCAUUUUUACGGCGUAGCAUGUGUGUAGGCUUUUGGUUUUUUGUUUGUUGUUUUUUUUUUUGUUGUUUUUGUUUUUGUUUUUUCUUUUGCUAUUUACUGGUGUAUUGGUUUGGGGGGCUGGGGGGGAGGGAUGUGGGGAAAUUGUUCUCUUGUUUAACUGGGGAAGGAGGGAGAUGAGGUCUGGUGACAAUGUUCCAGAUCAUUUCCAGAUCUUUUUUAGAACCUGAAUUGAGAAAGGAAAAAAAAAAAAAAAAAAAAAAAGACAAAAAAAAGUGGGGGGGGGGUGGGGGAAAGGGAAAGAGCCCAGUAUUGAUGACAGAACUAGGGAGACAGGGACACUGACAUGAGACUGUAACUGUGAACGUCCAAAUCUCUGGAGCCAAGAUCCUCAAAACCCUGCGAGCAAUUUUUAGGGGGAGGGUAGGGGGGGAUGGGGGGAGACUUGUGAAAAUGCAAACUUGUGAUUCGUAUUGUCCUGAAGCAGAACUGCCAGUUACUGACACAUGCAUUGUAUGUGGGAGGGUGGGGUGUGGGGCAGGAAUGGAUUUUAACCCUUUAAAAGCCUUUCUACCCUUCUUUCCAUUAAAAGGUGCUAUUUCUGAAAACUAGGGGGGGAAGAGAGACUUCUGACUACUUGUUUCUUUUCUCACCUUGACUGUCCAGCCAGCAGCAUUGGGAACCUUUUAGUUCUGGGAGGGAGAGGAACUCAACAGCAGCACAAGAGAAAAAUCAAUUCCAUAUUCUCCCAUAACAAGUGAUUGUUUGUAGGAAGCCAGACGUUGGUGCUGGAGGCGGAUGUGUUACCCUGAAUCUUCUGAGGGUUUUUUUUUUUUUUAAUCAGAUUUAUUACAAAUACUGAACUAUUUAAUGUCUGGAGUCAUGAGCCCCACCAGACUCCUGGCACCUCCUUGUAGGGUGGUAUGUAUCUAGACUUGCAUUGUACAAACCUUUUUUAAAAGCAUGUGUUUAGGUUUCUGUGAAAACGUUGUUUAAAUGUAAAGUACGUGUUUGGAUUUUAACUUCAUACCAAGCUCUGUCAGUUUUUUGUCUCAAUAAAAUUUUAGAUUUAUAA